CGUGAGGGAGUUCCGCAGCGCCUCAUCACAAACACAUACGAUAGAUACUGUACCAUUGGAGCAUCGCGAGCGACAACACUGUUGGCGCUUCUCAUCAUGAAAUGGCUAUACUUCAUUUUAGCGUUUUUGCCGCUUGGCAAUAUAACAAUGCUCGAAAUGGCAGCCAAUUUAGCGGCUGAAGGUCGCAGAACACACGCUAGAGAUAUUGAUUCCCGGCAUCUGCGCAGAAUACGAAGGUGGAAACUUGGGCAUCCUGACCCUCCGGGGCCUUCAAGGCCUCCAGGAUCCCCGGCUUUUGAUUCGUCCCCACUUGUAGAAGUAGAGACACGUCAUCUUCUUCGAUACCUGGCUGGACCAGGUUUUGGAGGGAAGCAUCAUCGUCAUCGAAGACAGCGUUGGGGUACUCACGGAUUCGAUGGCUCCGGUUUUGACUCACGCUUCGGAAAACAGAGACAUCAUGAACAUGGUCACCGGCAAUUUCAGAGCCCUCAUGGGUCGCCUCGCGGCCCGUUGCCCGGUUUCGAUGAAUACGGCCUCGGUGGGCCGCCUCGUGGCCCUGCGCCCGGUUUCGACAUAUACGGCCCCAGUGGGCCGCCUGCAGGCUUUGGCGAACAUGGCUUUUACGGGCCGCCUUCCGGCUUGGACGAAUAUGGUGCGCGUGAACCGUCUCCCGGAUUCUACGAAAAUAGUCAACCCAUUUCACCGACCAGGCCCGGACAUCAUCACAUCAAUUACGACCUUGAAGGGCCUCAGUACACAAACCAACAAAAUUAUCAAGAGGUCCAACCUGGCGCAGUACUUACCUUUCAAGAUAAAACGCAAGGACAGUCGCCGGUUACCACUAAACCUAUCCUGCGGUUCCAGUCGUCAUGCGGCGUGAGCACAACUUCUCGGAUAGUUGGUGGCGAGCAGGUGCACGGAGACAACUGGAGCUGGACCGUGGCGCUUAUGCGACCAGCUGACGGCGGCAUGGAGCAGUUUUGCGGCGCGACGCUCAUUUCUGACCAACAUAUGAUCACAGCAGCGCACUGUAUUGCGAAUAUGAAGCCCUAUGCAAUGACAGCUCGUAUUGGUUAUACGAAUUUGGACGAAGCGGACGGAUCACAAGAUUUACGAAUCGGAACAGCCAAGCUUCAUCCCCAUUAUAACUCGUCGAACUACUACGCUGAUAUAGCCAUUCUCAAACUACAACAGCCCGUGCAGUUUAGUACACGACUUCAGCCCUGUUGUUUACCCGAUGCCAGAGAUAACACCGGACGAAUUGCAAUUGCGGUCGGUUGGGGCUCAACUGCUUUCGGAGGGCCCCAGACAAAUGUCCUACAGCAGGUCACUUUGCCAAUUUGGAGUAACCAGGAGUGCCAGGAUAAAAUCAACAUCGCAGUAUUUGACGAAAUGCUUUGCGCAGGACGAAAGGACGAAGGGGGACACGACGCUUGCCAGGGUGACUCCGGCGGACCUUUGUUGGUGCGAAACAGCGAGCAGCGGUGGUCCCUUGAGGGCAUUAUUUCGUUUGGAUUCAAAUGCGCUCAGAAGGGCGUUCCAGGCGUCUAUACUAGAGUAAGCAAGUUUUCUGACUGGAUUAUAGACAACGCCGUCUGAAGCGUCACCUCAUAAACAGACAUUCGCACAUUUUCCUAAUUAUAACCUUCUCUCAGGUCUAUUGAUAUCCUAUAUAGUAACAUAUCGAUGAUAUUAAUGCUCAAAAGACGAAACACAGUUCAUUAGCCUCUCCGGUCAAUUUUUUCCAGUGCUAAACCAGCCUAUAGGUUAGUUAAAGGCAGUAUAGACAGAGAAAACGGGAUUUUAUGUGUCUGUGAGUUGUGCAGCGUUAAAGCUGCAAAACGAUUCAAUUUGGCGCUUACGUAGUUUAUCUAUAGGAUGCAAAUAACAAAACCCUAUUCAAGCUAUAUCUUUUUAUACGCCAGGUAGCUCCAAUCUUGUCAAAUGAAUUAAACAGAACACGCAAGACGUACUUCUUAAAAUGGAAACAAACAUGAACAGAUCGAACUAAAAAAUUAGAAUUCACACAGUGACAAGGCUAGCGUGCAUAUGAGAAUCUUGCCAUUAGUCGCUUCCAAAUAGCUGAAUUGCUGAUGUCAGCAAACCAGUAAACCUACCGUGAAAGUUUCUGAUGGAUGAUUGUUUACUUUUUUGAUUCCGUUCCAUUGUCCAUUCCGAUUUUGCAUUUGUACAAAAUUUUGUAAAGCGUAAUAACGUAAUAAAGAAAAAAGAAUAUAUAUAUAUAAGGAAAUUAUUAUACACCGUCGACGUUUUGAAUUUUUAUCCACUAAAUGGAAGGUGAUAUGCAGGAAGUCGCCUUUUCUUAGACGUCAUCGCUAUCGAGGUGGCACAUAACGAGUGAAAAUAUACGUUUCUUUUUGAAGUCGGAGGAAGAUUCCUGGAAACGAUUGGAUUUAUUUCGCUAACAUAAUUACAUGACGCAGUAUCCUGUAUAGCUAAUUUAGCAAAAUUGUAAAUAAAUAAAAUGUUUUUGUAUGACUAAAUGUGGUUU